UGAAGCCGAGCAAUUCCCAGCUGCCGCUGUCGGUAGGUAAAUCAGACAUUUAUGUCGACGAAAUUGUCAAAAUUUAUUAAGAAUCGUGAGACGUGAGUGUUUUCUCGUGUGUAUUGUAUAUUCGAAAUUUGGUGAUUAUAUUUGGUUAACGUGCUUGCAUAAAUCUUCGAUCAUAAAUCACAAAUCGAUUUUCAUCGAAGAUCUUGUAACAAAAUAAAAAAUACGAGUAAAUUCACCAUUCGAUUCGCCGACUGUAAUAAACGAUCGAAUCAAAAUGUGCAUGAGAAAAUUAUUCGAGGAUGAAGAAGUUGGCGGCGGCGUCCUUCUAAAGACUAACAAUAAGUCGAAUCAACCCGAACAUCAGGAUCUCAACGAAGACAAGCUGACAAAGGCAAAAAAUCGAUACAUCAAACAGCACGAAGAAAUGCUACUUCGCGAGGCUGAGAUUGCUCGACAAAAUGAAAAAUCUGAGGAAAUUAUUGUCCCAGUUAUUCACACAGACGCACUCGCAAAAUGCACUUUCUACUACAGCGUGUUGAUCAAUCUUAUCUCCAAGUCGUAUUCAGCGUGGAAACACUCUCCAGCUUACAAAAUUCUUUUCUACACGACGCAGCCAGCUCACGUAAUAAUGAUUGCUGCCGUUCUUUGCGUGACUUCGGCUAUGGUACCAUCCACGGAACGUACCAACACAGCCGGUCAGCCACAUUCCCGCACAGCUUCCUUUAUUUAUCUUACUUCUUUCGUAAUCCACUUUGGCGCACAGAUAUGGAUGACUUUCGUAUCAGGCUUGACGUUAUACUUCGCACUGCCAAGACAUUCGUUUGGAGAAGUUCAGCGCGUCUUGUUCCCGCGGUACUUCAGCCUAAACGCUUGCCUCAGCCUAAUAACGCUCCUGAUAUUCGUGAAACAUCAUCCUAUGAAUACCUGGGACACAGAAAUAGCAAUUCAGGUCUUUGGAAUGUCGGGUGCAUUCUUCUUGGAGCUGUUGAUACGUUUGUACCUUACUCCACCGCUUUUACGCCUGAUUAUACAAAAGAAUGCGUUGGAGCGUGCAGCAGGAGUGGGCACUGAAAUUGGCCGCCACAAUCCAGGACCACUGAAGCACUGCCCUCACUAUUUGAUUAUUCAUCGUGCUUUUCGUCGCGUUCACGUAACCAUUGCCAUGGGGAACAUGGUUACUAUGGCGUGCACGGUAUUACAUCUUCAUUAUAUAUCUAGCAAAUUAUGCGUUUUGUAAAUUAGAUACGAAACCAUGUAGAGAAGGAAGGUAUAAUUCAGUAGAAUUUGUCAGGCGUGUCGCUCACUAGUAUAGUGUAAACUAUCUCACAUAUCACGUCUGUAUUGACAGCUAGGAGUGAUGGUCACAACUCUAUCCCAUGUAUUGGAUGUAGAUACGAUGUACAUACGCAAGUAUGACAGCAUUAAGACUGACAGUAAGAAAGCUCAUCUAAUCAUUUCGGUAGAGUCAAGAUUGAGGCUUUGAUCUCAAUAUGUAAGUGAAUUAGUUUGGAUGAAAAUGACGAAUAAUAAUUUCGUUUAAUUAUUUCACUUUUGAUUCGUAUUUGCGUUAGCAGUCAUCGAUAUAGUACAUUGUAUAGGUAAAAUUUAAUUAGAAAAACAUAAGAAAAAUCUCUGCAACACUCCAUACAGUUAUGACCGUGGAUUUGAAUUGCAGUACAUCCAAUUGUUGUGUAAAGUCUAGGUUUAUUCUAUCGUUAUAGAAUACGUCAUUAGACACACAUACACGUAAUUCUUGUCAUCUUUAUUUUGCUCCGUAAAUCAGUAACUCGUUAUUCGUUUAUGGUUUCGAUCUCUGAGGGGGUACUUCUGGGAACUAAAGUCUUAUUUGAGCAAACGUAACACAUCGUGCAUUAAGCAUUGCAGUGGGAACAAAUUUGAUCCAAACUGGAUUACUUGCAUACUUGACCAGCUUUCGCUACGAUCACAUCAGUCUGACAGCUUUAAUUAUACUGUGGACAGGUUGUGUGAAUUCGAAAAUUUGCCGUAUUGUAAUGAAUUCCCAGUAGGUCGUUUGAAUAUCUUACUGCGGGUCAAGAAUAAAACCCGAAAUUAGACUUACUGAGAAAGUGAUCAAGAAAGGGAAAAAAUUAAAAAUAUGUGCAACUCCGAUUCAUGUCAUAAGCAAUAAGCAUAGUUUGGAUGAAUUGAAUUUAAUCGCAUUUAUCUCGCCUGUUUGUUGAACAAUAUAUGAUGAGUUAUUGACCUACGGUACCAAAAUAAAGAUGGCGUCAUGUUCAUAGACACAGUUAAACGAAGAUGAAAAGGAUGCAAUUCGGCGGAAUGAAUAAUCAUACACGUAAUUAUUAUGCCUGAGCUCAUUAAUUGGCAGUUAAAGACAGCGAAGAAUGUGUGAAAUGUUUAUCAUACCAUCCGUCUUUAGGAUACUCUAAUUCUCAAAAGGAGGUGUCUCAUACCGAAGCAUACAGGGGCAUUUUCAUCUUUCUCAGUUACAACGCUUGUUCAUGAAAACUAACCCAUUGAGAUCAUGUAACUACAGUCAGUCUUUACUAAUCGAGGAACAAUGUCAUUUAUUUUUACUAUUAUCAGAGCCUACGCACCACUGACGCGAAACUGUCACAUAUAGCGCAAUUUCACGUGCAACGCGAAACAAAAAUAUCCAA